AUGGCAUCGACGGGACAUCAAAUCAACCACCAAGGACUAUCAGUAAGUUGUGUGAGAUGGGGCGAGAUGGCUGAGUGGUUAGAGAGAGAAUUUACUGACCGCAAGGUCCGUGGUUCGAACCCAAUCUCUGCCUCUCGACUUCCCCUGUCUUGGCUUGGGCUACCUGUCAGUAUCCCAGCCCUCGUGCUUCCUUCUGGUGGCAUGGCAGCUAGACACCAAAAGGGUGUUACAGCUGAACGAUCACAAUGGUUGCUCGCUGGCACCACGAUGUCCAGACUCAGAAAUCGGAGUACAACUAUCAAAUUGGAAGACUAG